AUGGCAGGGGCCAGUAAGGCACGCAAGAGUUCGCACAAAAAGGCGAAGACAGCUCUUGCUGUUCGAAACGCGGUCAUCGAGUCGCAACCGAAGCCCAAGAAAGCGCCGAGAAAGAAAAAGGUCGCCCGCGCAGACAGCGGUAGCGACAAAGAGAACGAUGAGGUGUUGGAACGAGCACCGGAGAACUUCGACGAAAACACCCCUUGGGAAGUCGAGGGCUUCGGCGGCAUCUACCUCUGCUGGGGAAAGAGACGCCAGCGAGAUGCGGAUGGCUCGGUCAAGAUUAAAUUCUAUUUGAAACCAGAUACCGAGCACCGCAUCUGGGUCAAGUGGACCGUGGCCUUCAAUGAUGGCAUUCGCUGGUCUGCUGAGAAGCAAGAAAUGCUUGAUGGAGUCAGCAAGAAAGAAAUCAAGCAAAUUCUUGCUAAAAAAGAAGCAUGGCCGUUACCAAGCUCCGCUGACGGCUUGAAAAGCGGCUGGAAAGAGCGAAAAUUGAUCUGCAUGAAUGCGGGCAUCACUGAGUGGACGCCCAAAGUGCACGAAGGCAAAUGGCAGAUCAUCAAUCCUGAGAUGCCAGUCACUCAGUCGGAGAUCGACGACACCGACGAGGAGACCGAUGACGAGGAUUCGAGCUCCUAA